AUGGUGCGGAUACGUGCCAGCUUUGGCAUCCACAGCGAUGACUAUCUUCGCUCAGUCGGGCCUGAGCAGCUGCUGGGCAACAUGGUCUUGGGCAACUUGUCCUCCCUGUCGGAGCUGUCCUCUGAGGGCAAGAGUGGCGCCUUUUUCUACUACACAUCGGACGGGCGCCUUGGCUGCCGCAGUUCAGACUUUUGUCAAAAGGUGGUCGGAGCAUUUCGAUUGUCCGUAGGCACCAUGGCAAAGAGCGGUUCUGUUUCCGAGAGCUGCAAUGGGUGUCGUCCACGCAGCCGAGGAAAUACAUGA